AUGUCUUAUGGUGACGGAUUGUCCGGAGCCGAAUAUUUGGCUUCCAUUUAUGGAACAGAAAAAGAUAAAGUCAACUGCUCAUUUUUCUUCAAGACUGGAGCAUGCAGGCACGGUGAUAAAUGCUCGCGAGCUCACCAUACGCCAACCUUCUCGCCAACUGUUGUCUUAAAGAACUUCUAUCAUAAUCCGGUCGUCGAUGUUCGACAAGCAGAUGCUUUUGACAAGGUCGGAAAGAAGAACACCGAGGAGCAAAAUUAUUUCGAUGACUUCUAUGAGGAGGUUUUCGUCGAAAUGGAGAGAAAGUAUGGUGAAGUCGAGGAAAUCAACGUCUGCGAGAAUAUCGGAGAACACAUGGUCGGCAACGUCUACGUGAAGUUCGUCCGUGAAGAGGACGCUGAGAAGGCGAAGAACGAUUUGAACAAUAGAUGGUUCAACGGACAACCAAUUUAUGCUGAAUUGUGUCCGGUCACCGAUUUCCGUGAGUCGCGUUGCCGUCAGCACGAAGUGACGACAUGCAGCAAAGGCGGAUUCUGCAACUUUAUGCACUUGAAAGCAAUUUCGUCAGAUUUAGGAGAUCGGCUAUACGGAAGAAAGGGAAGACGAGCUGAUUCUGCUGGUCAUUACCCGUCACAACGCGGUGGUGGCGGCUAUGGCGGAGGUUAUGGUGGAGGACGUGAUCGCGAUCGUGGAGGUUGGGGAGGCGGUGGUGGCCGAGGAUAUGGCGGAGGCGGUGGCGGAUACCGUCGUAGAAGCAGAAGUCGCGAUCGUAGACGAUAUUAA